AUGUUUGACUCGAUCACCCGCAUGUUCAGCUCGUUCAAGCUCAAGAUCGGCAAGCUGUUCAACACGUCGUGGGGCGUCCGCGACGCACGCAUCACCAUGAUCGGCCUAGAUGCCGCUGGCAAGUCGACCAUGCUGUACAAGCUCCGCCUCGGCGAGAUCGUGUCGACCAUCCCAACCAUCGGCUUUAACGUCGAGACGGUCGAGUUCAAGGGCGUCCGCUUCAACUGCUGGGACGUCGGAGGUCAGGACAAGAUCCGCCCGCUCUGGCGCCACUACUACAAGAACCUCGGCGGCCUCAUCUACGUCAUCGAUGCCAACGACCGCGACCGCCUCUCCGAGGCCCGCGACGAGCUCAACAACGUGCUUGGCGCACCCGAGCUCGCCGGCGUCCCGCUCCUCAUCAUGGCCAACAAGAUGGAUCUCCCGUACGCGCUGCCGGUCAGCGACAUCGCCGCCGCCCUCGGCCUUGCCGCCGAGACGCGCCCGUGGUACAUCCAGGCCACCUCGUGCCUCUCUGGAGACGGCCUGUACGAGGGUCUCGACUGGCUUCGCACCGCCCAUCUCGACUUUGUCUCCUGA